GGGUUGGGAGAUUGACCUUGUCGGGCCCAAAAUUAUGAAAGUAGGGUAAACAAAACACACAAACACACAAGAAAAAACACUUUGUGUACUGCGCGCGCUCCUCUUCCAUUCCUUCUUCGUUGUCUUCUUCUUCUUCUCGCCACGACCUUUUUAUUAUUUUGGCAGGCAUCAUCUGUCGUUUAACAAAGGCCCUUGAUUUUGUGAGCUCCUUUAAAAAACGGUUCCUUUUGGGCCCUCCUCCUUCUUACGCCCUUUUCCUUUUUGAAAAUCCUCCCAACAACAAACUUCAAGUUUCGAAAAAGGACUCUCAAAAAAAAAAGCCAGACUCGGACAAGAACAUAUUGGGAAGAGACGCUUGCUAGACUUCCGAUCUUUGUCUCACUCCUUUGUGUGUUAUUGUCCUUUGAGGACCUUUUCCCCCUCCCAUCCCCCCCCUUCCGCUGCAUGUCGUCGUCCUAGGACAUCCUUGCGCGCUUAUAAAACAACACGCUCGAGUGUGUUUUUCCUCUUUGUCGCCUCGUUCUUUUUUUUUAAUACUUGGAGGAGUUGAUUAUUACCACGGUUAUCCUGCUCAAGAUCUGUACUUAUCUGCCCCGGGCUCGACCCCCGAAACAAAACAAGGCAGCAACACACACACAUCGUUCUCGGCGUGGUCGUCGUCGGUCGACAGAUCUACCAACUAGUUCCUUUACACGCGAUUAUACCCAUUGAUACGUGUUUUUUUUCCCACGCCUGGAUCUCGCCCUUUGCCCAGUUCGCCCCGCCAACAAAGGCGGUUCUCGUGCGCAGCAAACUGGAAUAUACCCCACCUCCAUUACAAUACAAAAGACGACAGACAUGUUUGACCUACACGUUCCGUAUGUAUCGUCUUCGAUGCCUCUGCCGUUUCCCCAACAUCAGCAAGCAAAGCGUGAGCCACUUCAAGCUCGCCGGCUCUUUACAGAAGCUCCUCAACAUCACCACCACCUUCUUCAUCAUCAGCAUCCACAACAACAACAACACCAACAACAACAACAACAACAUUCGUUCUCGACGCAUGAUAGCCAUUCGCACUACACAUUAACGUCCUCGUCUGCGCGAAAAGCAACAAACGCGUCGAUCCCACCGCGGGUUCCCAUCUCAUCGCGUGCCAAACCCUCCAAACUCGCCGUAUCGACUGCCAAUCUUCCUCCUGCGUGUCCACCGCCCAACAAGCCCUUGCCACCACGGCCGGUAGCUGUACCAUUGCAGCGAUACCCCUACCCGCAACAUGUCGCCCAACAACUCCCUCCUCCGAAAACAAAAGCACAGCAAGCCUACCCAUCUCCAGACCCACCUACUCCAGCCGACUCGAUGGCGGAACGGUACUUGAACCGACAUCAGUUGAAUGCUGCGUUUGUGAGUAUGUAUACCCUUGGUCAAGAACUUGGGAGUGGCGGGUUUGGAUUUGUUUGUUCGGCGGUGCGAAAGUGUGAUGAGCGGGAAGUUGCUUGCAAGUUUAUCGUAAAGAGCAAGGUGCCUGCGCAAGGAUGGGCUCGGGAUGCAGAGUUGGGCGUUGUACCCAUGGAAGUUUUCAUGUUGAAAAAUAUCCAACACGACAAUAUCAUUACAUACCUUGAUUUCUUUGAAGACAUGACCUUUUUCUAUCUCAUUACUGAACUUCAUGGUGCACCUUGGACUUCUACGCGAUCUGACCCGUCUGGAGAAUCAUCUGCACCACCACCGACGCAAACUCUUACUCCCAUUACACCUACCUCGUUUUUUCCUGGCGAGCGGGCGUCGGGUGGGAUGGUUUCGUCAGGCAGCGCACCGGCUUCACCUCCCUUGUCGCCCAUGAUGAUUCCGAAAUUGACAAGACGGCCUUCUAUGGACCUCUUUGAAUGUAUUGAACAACAUGACCGUUUAACGGAAUCCCAAGCCCGCUUUGUGUUUCGUCAAAUCAUUUCCGCCAUCAAGCACUUGCAUUCCCUCGGGAUCGUGCAUCGGGAUAUCAAGGACGAGAAUAUCCUCGUUGACGAACACUUUUGUGUCAAAUUGAUUGACUUUGGGUCAGCGGCUUUUGUCCCUCAACCUACCGGAAAGCUUUUUGAUCGGUUCUUGGGAACUAUCCAAUACGCAUCCCCUGAAAUCCUCCGCGGUGAAAAAUACCGGGGUCCUGAAGCCGAGAUUUGGGCUUUAGGAUGUUGUCUCUACAUUAUGCUCAACGGCGAAGUCCCCUUUACGACCCCUGCUCAAGCUGCUCAACACGCUUACACGUUCCCCAAACACCGCUUGUCACCGCAAUGUAUGGAUCUUUUGGACUGUAUGUUGGAAAAAAGGCCCUCCCGACGGGCUUCGAUUCAUGAUGUUGCGGCACAUGUUUGGUUGAAUAUGUAGUUUAUACAUUUUGGAUACCCCCCAUCGCAAGGAACGGUUCUAUGGUAUGGACUUUUUUUAAAAUGUACAUUCUUUCUUGUUUUGUUUGGGUUGGAUAGAGUGGUGGGACCGGUGUAUGGACAGGAAACUUUUUUUUUAUUCUUUUCAUGUUGUAAUAUUGUAUGGGUUUUGUGGUGUAAAUAGAUUGCG